AUGCGGCGUUCAGAACGUCUUGAUCUUGUCGAGUUUGAUCCAGAGAUUGAACAAACCUUUCAUCAAAGACGUCGUGAACAAAGAGCAAAAAGGGAACAACAACAAAGCACAAUGGCCGACAAUGAAAAUCAGCUUGUUCAAGUGGAGCGUACUGUUGAGAUCAAUGAGAGAGAUAUCUUGAUGGGGGAUUUCAUGAUGCCUCCAGUCGUUGAGAACCGGUCGAGCAUAGUUUAUCCUCCAUAUGGGCACGAUAACUUCCAGUUGAGACCAGAUGUGAUAAAUUUGUUCUCCAACAACAUUCCAUUCUAUGGGAGAAUUGAUGAAAAUCCACACUACCAUCUCUCUCGAUUUCUAGAGUAUUGUGGCAACUUUAAGUAUCAAGGGAUCAACGAAGAAGCAAUGAGGAUGCGAUUUUUUCCUCACACUUUGAAAGACAAAGCUCGGGAGUGGUUGGAUUCACUAUCACCUGGUAGCAUCACUACAUGGGCUGAUUUGGUUCACAAGUUCACACUUAAAUAUUUUCCACCAGCCAAGAUCAGCAAAUUAAAGCAUGAAAUUUCGACUUUCCAGCAAGCCGAAAUUGAGAAUUUUCAUGAAGCAUGGGAACGGUACAAAGAAUUGCUAAGGAAGUGUCCGAAUCAUGGGUUUUCUUUACCAGCUCAAAAUCACUAUUUCUAUGCCGGGUUAACUCCUUACAGCCGUUCGGCAGUUGAUUCUACAAUAGGUGGUUCUAUUAGAAACAAAUCGGCUAGAGAGUUACAUGAUCUUUAUAAAACAAUGAGUGAGCAAUUUGUAAUGUGGCCGGAUAGGAGUUCAAAUAGGAGAGCAGCUGGAGUACAUGAAGUGGAUAUGAAUACCUUGAUGUUGGCCAAGAUUGAUGCUCUUUCAAAACAGAUGGAAAACUUAAAAUACUCUCCAUCAGUUAAUAUGGUGCAAGGAUCUCUUCCAGUUUGUGUAACUUGUGGGGCAAACCAUCUGUCAUCCGAAUGCCCAUUGACUGUUAGGGAUCCUUCACUCACAGAGCAGGCUACUUAUGCGCAAAAUUUCCCGCGUCAACAAAAUUUCCAGCGUCCACAAAAUAAUCCAUAUUCUCCAACAUACAAUCCCGGCUGGAGAAACCAUCCUAAUUUUUCAUAUGGCAAUAAUCAGGGAGUUCAAAACCCACCAAAACAAGGAAGACCACAUGAGGAAAAAGGAGGAUGGGAAGCAGCAAUUUCAAAACUUCAAGAACGAAGUGAGCGGACCGAUGCAGCCAUCAAAAAUAUAGAGACUCAAUUUGGGCAGUUAGCUAAAAUCCUUAUUGAGAGGCAACAAGGCACAUGGCCAAGCAAUACCGAAGUUAAUCCUAAGGAGCAAGCGAAUGCAAUCACUACAAGGAGCGGGGUGCAAUUGCCAGAGAUUCAUGUUAAAAGACCAAGUGUGGAAAAGAAAACUGAUGUUGAAAAGGAGACAACAACUGAGAAUAAGGAGCCCGAAGAUAUAGCUGAACAAGAGGAGGUGAUUCUACCAACAGUCAAGCCUUAUGUUCCACCUAUUCCGUUUCCUCAAAGAUUGCGCAAGCACAAGUUGGAUAAGCAAUUUGAGAAAUUUUUGGAGGUAUUCAAGAAGCUACAUAUCAAUAUACCAUUUGCAGAAGCUCUGUCUCAAAUGCCCAGCUAUGCAAAAUUUAUUAAGGAAAUUCUAUCGAACAAAAGGAAGCUUGAGGAGCAUGAAACAGUGAUGUUAACAGAAGAAUGUAGUGCCAUUUUACAAAAUAAAUUGCCACCAAAGUUAAAAGACCCAGGGAGUUUCACCAUCCCGUGCACCAUUGGCAGCUUAUAUUUUGAACGGUCCUUAUGUGAUUUGGGUGCUAGCAUUAAUUUGAUGCCAUUCUCUAUCUUUCAAAAGCUUGGUUUAGGUGAAGCAAAACCUACAAGGGUGUCAUUGCAGCUAGCGGAUCGGUCCGUGAAACAUCCACGUGGAAUUGUUGAAGAUAUCUUGGUAAAAGUGGACAAGUUUAUAUUUCCAGCAGAUUUCAUUAUUUUGGAUAUGGCUAAAGAUAGGGAUAUUCCCCUUAUUUUGGGGCGACCUUUUCUAGCUACUGGACGAGCUCUUAUUGAUGUGCAAAAAGGACAACUCAUGUUAAGGCUGAAUGAUGAGCAAAUCACUUUUAAUGUGUUUAAAGCACUGAAAUUUCCUACUGCUUCAGAUUCUUGUUUUCGAAUUGAUAUUUUGGACAAAGAGAUAGAAAACACAUUCGCUUUGAAUCAACCAUCAGAUCCUUGGGAAGCAUGUGUGAUGCACUCACAAGUUGAAGAUACCGACUCGGCUACGAUUGAAGAAGGUGUCAAAUAUUUGCAAGGAUCUGAACUUAUUCAAAAGGGAAAGCAUUACAAGGCAUUGGGCACGGGACCUCCAUGA